GCGGCGCGGGGCAGUGACGUCACCGAUCCGCGCCGCGAUGGCGGCGCCGAAGGUGAAGCAGGACAUGGCCCCGCCGGGCGGGUACGGCCCCAUCGACUACAAGCGGCACCUCCCGCGCCGCGGCUUCUCAGGGUACAGCCUGUUCGCGCUCGGCAUCGGGAGCCUCCUGCUCGGAUACUACAGCCUCGUCAAGUGGAACCGUGAGCGCAGGCGGUUGCUGAUCGAGGAGCUGGAGGCUCGGAUCGCGCUGAUGCCGCUGCUGCAGGCGGAGUCCGACCGCAGGACUCUGCGGUUGCUACGGGAGAACCUGGAGGAGGAGGCCAAGAUCAUGCGGGACGUGCCGGGCUGGAAGGUGGGCGAGUCCCGGUUCCACACGGAUCGCUGGGUGCCCCCCACCCUGGAGGAGCUCUACUACCUGCGGCCCCCGGCCGAGCUGGACCGGGAGAAGUUCGGGCUGCAGAACUACGUCUGACACCCCAAAACCCCCCAAAGCUCACCCCAAACCCGGACCCCGCCUCUCCCGGCUCCUUCCGGAACUUUCCUCCCCUUUCCUGUCCCUCUCCAGGCUGAUCCCCCCAUCCCGAGCUUCUUCUGACGCCUGUUCAUUAAUAAUUAAUAAGUAAAUAACGAAUAAAUAAAUCA